UGUGUGUGUGUGCGCACGUGUCUGUGCGCGCGUGCAGGCGCGCGUGUGAGUGCACCUUAUUUUUGUUUAGAAUUCGUAAAGCCAUGAUUGGCUUUUCAUUUUUUUUUUUUUUAAACUUGAUGUUUCAAAAUGGGCAUGCUGGAGAGCGGAGACUGUUUAAUCUUUCCUGCAACUGCUGCCUCCCCCGCCCUCGUUCAUCUCUAAAUUCUGUCUCCUUUCCUGCCCUCCCCUCUUCCUCACCCCUGCCUCUGGCCUUCCUCGUUGCUCUAGUUCUCCCCCACGCUGGACCAGUCUGUGUUGAUGCGCUUGCAAGGUCACUGAGUGGCCCGGGGAGAGGGAGGAGGGGAGAAGAGUCUCCUGUUGUGCUCACGUCAGCAGAGAUGUUAUAUCGCUCCCCGGUUCCUGUGGUUUUACUAUGAAAUCUGCCCAAAACGAGAGAAGUUGCUUAGCGUAAAACCAAGACUUGCAUUUUCAGAUACUAUCAGAAUUCCCCCUGGGAACUUUGACCUCUUACUUGCUGCGCUGAAGUUUCUCUGAGAUGAACUGAUGCAUAGGAACCAUGGUGCAAAAAAAGAAGCUCUGUCCUCGGUUACUUGACUAUCUAGUGAUCGUUGGGGCCAGGCAUCCGAGCAGUGACAGCGUGGCCCAGACUCCUGAACUGCUACGGCGCUACCCUUUAGAGGAUCAUGCCGAGUUUCCGCUGCCCCCUGAUGUGGUGUUCUUCUGCCAGCCAGAGGGCUGUCUGAGUGUGCGGCAGCGGCGCAUGAGCCUGAGGGAUGAUACAUCUUUUGUCUUCACCCUCACUGACAAGGACACUGGAGUCACACGUUAUGGCAUCUGUGUUAACUUCUACCGCUCCUUCCAAAAGCGAAUGCCUAAGGAAAAGGGGGAAGUUGGGGGAGGGUCCCGUGGGAAGGAAGGAACCCGUGCCAUGUGUGUCUCCGAAGAGGCUGGCACUGAGAGCUCCGAGAGUGGCUCAUCCCUGCAGCCUCCCAGUGCCGACUCCACCCCUGAUGUGAACCAGUCUCCUCGGGGCAAGCGCCGGGCCAAGGGGGGAAGCCGUUCCCGCAACAGCACCCUGACGUCCCUGUGUGUGCUCAGCCACUAUCCCUUCUUUUCCACCUUCCGAGAGUGUCUGUAUACCCUCAAACGUCUGGUGGACUGCUGUAGCGAGCGACUUCUGGGGAAGAAGCUGGGCAUUCCUCGAGGCAUACAAAGGGACACCAUGUGGCGCAUCUUCACUGGAUCAUUGCUGGUGGAGGAGAAGUCAAGUGCCCUUCUGCAUGACCUUCGAGAGAUCGAGGCCUGGAUCUAUCGAUUGCUGCGCUCUCCAGUACCUGUCUCUGGGCAGAAGCGAGUAGACAUUGAGGUCCUACCCCAGGAGCUCCAGCCAGCUCUGACCUUUGCUCUGCCAGACCCCUCUCGAUUCAACCUAGUGGAUUUCCCAUUGCACCUUCCCUUGGAACUUCUGGGUGUGGACGCCUGUCUUCAGGUGCUAACCUGCAUCCUGUUAGAGCACAAGGUGGUGCUACAGUCCCGAGACUACAACGCACUUUCUAUGUCUGUGAUGGCAUUCGUGGCAAUGAUCUACCCCUUGGAGUAUAUGUUUCCUGUUAUCCCACUGCUUCCCACCUGCAUGGCAUCGGCAGAGCAGCUGCUCUUGGCUCCAACCCCAUACAUCAUUGGGGUCCCUGCCAGCUUCUUCCUCUACAAACUGGACUUCAAAAUGCCUGAUGAUGUAUGGCUAGUGGAUCUGGACAGCAGUAGGGUGAUUGCCCCCACCAAUGCGGAAGUGCUACCCAUCUUGCCAGAACCAGAAUCAUUAGAGCUGAAAAAACAUUUAAAGCAGGCCUUAGCCAGCAUGAGCCUCAACACCCAGCCCAUCCUCAAUCUGGAGAAAUUUCAUGAGGGCCAGGAGAUCCCACUUCUCUUGGGAAGGCCCUCUAACGACCUGCAGUCCACGCCUUCCACUGAAUUCAAUCCACUCAUCUAUGGCAAUGAUGUGGAUUCUGUGGAUGUUGCAACUAGAGUGGCCAUGGUACGUUUCUUCAACUCCCCUAACGUGCUACAGGGUUUUCAGAUGCACACACGUACCCUGCGCCUCUUCCCUCGGCCUGUGGUAGCUUUUCAGGCUGGCUCCUUUCUAGCCUCACGUCCCCGGCAAACUCCAUUUGCUGGGAAAUUGUCCAGGACACAGGCUGUGGAGUACUUUGGAGAAUGGAUCCUUAACCCCACCAACUAUGCCUUUCAGCGAAUUCACAAUAAUAUGUUUGAUCCAGCCCUAAUUGGUGACAAGCCAAAAUGGUAUGCUCAUCAGCUGCAGCCCAUCAAUUAUCGAGUCUAUGAUGGCAAUUCCCAGCUGGCCGAGGCCCUGAGUGUGCCACCGGAACGGGACUCUGACUCUGACCCCACUGAUGACAGUGGCAGUGAUAGUAUGGACUAUGAUGACUCAAGCUCUUCUUACUCAUCACUCGGCGACUUCGUUAGUGAGAUGAUGAAGUGUGACAUCAAUGGGGAUACUCCUAAUGUAGACCCUCUGACGCACGCGGCACUGGGGGAUGCCAGUGAGGUGGAGAUCGCUGAGCUGCAGAACCAGAAGGAAGCUGAAGAACCUGGCCCAGACAGCGAGACCUCCCAGGAAAACGUGCCCCAGCGCUCUAGCUCCAGCACCACCGCCAGCAGUAGCCCCAGCACUCUCACCCGUGGAGCCCACUCUGAACCUGCUGACUCUUCGGAGAUGGAUGUUAAGGCAGCUCUAGGCGUCUCCAAGUCCCUCCCUACCGUGCCUCCCAGCGUUGGCAGAUCGCACGUGGACAGGCGUCAGACAGAAAUUGGAGAGGGGUCAGUGUGCCGACGAACCUAUGAUAAUCCGUACUUCGAGCCCCAAUAUGGCUUUCCCCCUGAGGAAGAUGAUGAUGAGCAGGGGGAAAGUUACACUCCCCGAUUCAGCCAACAUGUCAGUGGCAAUCGGGCUCAAAAGCUGCUGCGGCCCAACAGCUUGAAACUGGCGAGUGACUCAGAUGCAGAGUCAGACUCUCGAGCGAGCUCUCCCAAUUCUACUGUCUCCAACAACAGCACCGAGGGCUUCGGGGGCAUCAUGUCUUUUGCCAGCAGCCUAUAUCGGAACCAUAGCACAAGCUUCAGUCUUUCCAACCUCACACUGCCCACCAAAGGUGCCCGAGAGAAGACCACGCCCUUCCCUAGUCUGAAAGGAAACAGGAGGGCCUUAGUGGAUCAGAAGUCAUCUGUCAUUAAACACAGCCCAACAGUGAAAAGAGAGCCUCCAUCACCCCAGGGUCGAUCCAGCAAUUCUAGUGAGAACCAGCAGUUCUUGAAGGAGGUUGUGCACAGCGUGCUGGAUGGCCAGGGAGUUGGCUGGCUCAACAUGAAAAAGGUGCGACGGCUGCUGGAGAGCGAGCAGCUGCGAGUCUUUGUCCUGAGCAAGCUGAACCGCACCGUGCAGUCAGAGGAAGAUGCCCGGCAGGAUGUCAUCCCAGAUGUGGAGAUCAGUCGAAAGGUGUACAAGGGAAUGUUAGACCUGCUGAAGUGCACGGUGCUAAGUCUGGAGCAGUCCUAUGCCCAUGCAGGUCUGGGCGGCAUGGCCAGCAUCUUUGGGCUUCUGGAGAUCGCCCAGACCCACUACUAUAGUAAAGAACCAGACAAACGGAAGAGAAGUCCAACAGAAAGUGUAAAUACACCAGUUGGCAAAGACCCUGGCCUGGCUGGGCGGGGAGACCCAAAGGCUAUGACACAGCUGAGAGUUCCCCAGCUGGGACCUCGGGCACUAAGUGCUCCAGGAAAGGGUCCUAAGGAACUGGACACGAGAAGUUUAAAGGAAGAGAAUUUUGUAGCGUCUAUUGGGCCUGAAGCAGUCAAACCCGUCUUUGACCUUGGUGAGACAGAGGAGAAAAAGUCCCAGAUCAGCGCAGACAGUGGUGUGAGCCUGACAUCUGGUUCCCAGAGGACUGAUCCAGACUCUGUCAUUGGUGUGAGUCCAGCUGUUAUGAUCCGAAGCUCAAGCCAGGAUUCUGAAGUUAGCACCGUGGUGAGUAAUAGUUCUGGAGAGACCCUUGGAGCAGACAGUGACCUGAGCAGCAACGCAGGUGAUGGACCAGGUGGUGAGGGCAGUGUCCACUUGGCAAGCUCUCGGGCCACUUUGUCUGAUAGUGAAAUUGAGACCAACUCUGCCACAAGCGCCAUCUUCGGUAAAGCCCACAGCUUGAAGCCAAGCACAAAGGAGAAGCUGGUGGGCAGCCCCAUUCGCUCUUCUGAAGAUGUAAGCCAGCGGGUCUAUCUCUACGAGGGGCUCCUAGGAAGGGACAAAGGAUCCAUGUGGGACCAGUUAGAGGAUGCUGCUAUGGAGACCUUUUCUAUAAGCAAAGAGCGUUCUACUUUAUGGGACCAAAUGCAGUUUUGGGAAGAUGCGUUCUUAGAUGCUGUGAUGUUGGAGAGAGAAGGGAUGGGUAUGGACCAGGGUCCCCAGGAAAUGAUUGACAGGUACCUGUCCCUGGGAGAACAUGACCGGAAGCGCCUGGAGGAUGAUGAAGAUCGCUUGCUGGCCACGCUUUUGCACAACCUUAUCUCUUACAUGCUGCUGAUGAAGGUAAAUAAGAAUGACAUCCGGAAGAAGGUGAGGCGCCUUAUGGGGAAGUCCCACAUCGGGCUUGUAUACAGCCAGCAAAUCAAUGAGGUGCUUGAUCAGCUGGCAAGCCUGAAUGGACGCGAUCUCUCUAUCCGGUCCAGUGGCAGCAGGCACAUGAAGAAGCAGACAUUUGUGGUACACGCAGGGACAGACACAAACGGAGAUAUCUUUUUCAUGGAGGUAUGUGACGACUGUGUGGUGUUACGUAGCAACAUCGGGACUGUGUAUGAGCGCUGGUGGUACGAGAAGCUCAUAAAUAUGACCUACUGUCCCAAGACCAAGGUGUUGUGCUUGUGGCGCAGAAAUGGCUCUGAGACCCAGCUCAACAAAUUCUAUACUAAGAAGUGUCGGGAGCUGUACUACUGUGUGAAGGACAGCAUGGAGCGUGCUGCCGCCCGACAGCAGAGCAUCAAACCCGGACCUGAGCUAGGUGGCGAGUUCCCAGUGCAGGACAUGAAGACUGGUGAGGGUGGCCUGCUGCAGGUCACCCUGGAAGGGAUUAACCUCAAGUUCGUGCACAACCAGGUUUUCAUAGAGCUGAAUCACAUUAAAAAGUGCAAUACAGUUCGAGGCGUCUUUGUCCUGGAGGAAUUUGUUCCUGAAAUUAAAGAAGUGGUGAGCCACAAGUACAAGACACCAAUGGCCCACGAGAUCUGCUACUCUGUGUUGUGUCUCUUCUCGUACGUGGCUGCAGUUCGUAGCAGUGAGGAAGAUCUCAGAACUCCACCCCGACCCGUCUCUAGCUGAUGGAGAGGGAUUAAGCAGCUGCCCCAGCCCAGGGGAUGCCCCCUGCGCCUUGCUCUUUCCAGUGCACGAUGUUGCUGUGACUGAGAAGUGGAUGAUACGUGUAUGGCUCUGCAAGCCCUCGUGGGACUUUGCGGUUCCCAGUUAUGUGUCUCUUAAGUGUGUCUUUGAGUGUGUCCAUCACGGGACUAAGCUAAUCUCUUCCACUUUCUCCCUCUUCACUCCCACUGUCCCCUCAGGGUUCAAGAGUGUGUGUGUGUGUGUGUGUGUGUGCACGUGCGCACACCUGUUGAGCCAGUGGUUUCUGAGAACUGAGUGGAGGCCAGUGUGAGUCCACUCUUGUGUGUCCUUGAGACAUUUGUGUUGUGUCUUCUUGUCCGUGUUUUUGGUGUUGUAACCUCCAGUGCGGGAGUCCGGCUCUGUCGUCUGAUCUGGCAUACCUGGGCGCCUGGAGUAGUUCAGCUCAGUGGGGAGUGAGGGAGACUUGAGGCCUGCCCUCCUGAAGAGGUGGACAGGGGAAAGGAGGGAAGACUCAGGGUCAGCUGGUGCCAGUGGCAGCCUCCCUGCUUCCUAAGCUGGCAGCCCCUGCCUGCCCAAGGGCUCCAAUCUGUGUCACUGCCACUCUGACCUCCGUCCCUGCAGUGGAGCAGCACUGAGGGACAGCCUUUCUGCUGAGCGGCAAUCUAUGGUCUGCCUUGCCUCCAUCAUGAGAGAGCAGAGUGCUUGGGGCCAGCAGAGUCCCAGGGACCACUGGCUUCUCUGCCCAAGAAUCAGGGAGGGGUGGGGAGAGGCCAGGUCCGUGCACGGCCUGUGUCUGCUGGCACUCCCUCCUGGCACUGGGUGCUGGAAGGAAGAGACGGCCUGAGGCUGGGCAAGAGAUGGUUGUAAAUAUUUCUGCUCCACAUUAUUUAUAGAAAAUGUACAGCUGUGUGAAUGUGAAAUAAAUGUCCUUCACUCCC